CUCAUCAGUCCCUCUGUGCAGAAAAGAAGUGGGAAAACCAAAUCGAGUUAGAAGGCGAACAAACUUGUAUCACUGUGUGGUCUCCGUUGAAGAAACUGGAAAGUACUGAUAUUUAGGUGAAAUUGGAAUACUAGCUGCAAAGAGAUACUCAAACUAUGUCAGGAAGGAAAGAAACUGUAUUAGAUCUUGCCAAGUUUGUUGAUAAGGGUGUUCAAGUGAAACUUACAGGGGGAAGACAAGUCACUGGAACUUUGAAAGGAUACGAUCAGUUACUGAACCUUGUCCUGGACGAAGCCGUUGAAUUCCUAAGAGAUUCUGAUGAUCCAUUGAAGACCACAGAUCAGACGAGGAGCCUUGGUCUGAUAGUCUGCCGAGGGACUGCAGUUAUGCUUGUAUCACCAACUGAUGGGACAGAUGAGAUUGCUAACCCCUUUCUCCAACCAGAUGGGGCUUAGUUAUCCCCCUAAAUAUCUCUUCAAUUUAGCUUGCAUUUGUGUGAAGUAAAAUUCUAUGGGUAUGUUUUUAUCACCCAAUCAAGAACACCUUAAUUAUCAUCGAUGUCGAUGUACAAGUGAUGAAAUUCGACCAUCUAUGGAGUGAAAUGGUGCUUAUCAACUCAGUAUUUAGUAAUACAACUGUACCUAAGGUUCUGUGUUCCAAGAGAGGGUCACCUCUUGCUCUGCUAUAUUAAUGUGUAUCUUAUGAAUUUUAUGAAUACUAAUUAGUAGGAGUACGGUAGACACA